AUGCGGUGGGAGGCGGAGGCUCCGCGGAGCGGGAACGCUCCUCCGAUUCUGAACUUCGAGGUGCGAACUCAUCCGACGCCUCCGGAUACGUAUCAGGAGUCUGUGUGGGGCAUUCCGUUGGAGGGGCUAGACUUGGAUUCGAGCACGGCGCGCGCGACGCCUUUGUUCCCAACUAAGCAGCACCCACAGCCAAUAGGUGCCUCGAUUUGGACGGGCAUUCUAGACGACCCAAUUUACGCUCCUGGUGCCAGUGGCUUCGCGCCCCAUGCUGCACUUGGUCGCGAUCAAUCGGCAGCCGUGUACAGAGAACUUUCGCCUACAACAAAUAUACAUCGCGAACAGUCAGCCGGCCCCACCGUUAGACGUGGAGCCGGCCGCAGAUCUCUGGACAUACACGCUUCCCACCUUAAAGGUGGCUGUGAAGAACGACUCGACGCGAGCCCCUACCGGGAACAUUCCGCUGCCAACUCCUCCUUCGCCACCGACUACGUCAGCUCAGGCCGCCUCGCCGCAGUCUCCCCACCCCCCCGUCUUGCCGCUUCGCCACCCAUGCAACCCAAACGCGUUGAAACAGGUGGCAGCGGCCUGAGACGCUUCUUCCACAAGAAAACGACCGAGGACAAACUCAAUCAACUCGCCCGCGAAAACGGUAAGCAACGACUGACCCUCCCGGUUCUAUUACCCGCCUCUACCACGCGCCUGCAAACACGGAUCUUUGUGUCAGCACUCGUGUGUGCACAAACUCCCCCUCGACCCAGACUGGUGGCAAUCACUCUCCUCUGUGGCGCUGACUCUCCUCCGUGGCGCUGA